AUGAUCGGUACCCAGAUUCCAGGUGUCCCAGGUUUCCCAGGUCUUCCAGGUGUUGCAGGUCCUCCAGGUGUUCCAGGUGUUCCAGGUGUCCCAGGUCUUCCAGGUGUUCCAGGUGUCCCAGGUGCUCCAGGUGUUCCAGGUCUUCCAGGUAUUCCAGGUGUUGCAGGUCCUCCAGGUGUCCGAGGUCUUCCAGGUGUCCCAGGUGUUCCAGGUCGUCCGGGUGCUACAGGUGUCCCAGGUGUUCCAGGUGUUCCAGGUCUUCCAGGUGUUGCAGGUCCUCCAGGUGUCCGAGGUCUUCCAGGUGUCCCAGGUCUUCCAGGUCUUCCGGGUGCUACAGGUGUCCCAGGUGUUCCAGGUCUUCCAGGUGUUGCAGGUCCUCCAGGUGUCCGAGGUCUUCCAGGUGUCCCAGGUCUUCCAGGUGUCCCAGGUCUUCCAGAUCUUCCAGGUGGGCCGCUGCAGCUCUUCGCCAGUCGUCCGAACCACGGUGACGUUGUGUCUGAUCGCACCAACAUCAAAGCCACCUGA